AUGGCGGAAAAGAUUUAUUGAAAUUUGUAACAAAGCAAUUCAAGUUCGAUUUGAUCAAUGAUAUGGCGAAUGACAAAAAUUCCUUAGACAAUUUUGUUAACUUUAACAUCUAAUUUGACAUAUUUUUAUAACAAUGUAACGAAAAGUUGCUUCUGUUUUUAGCUGGGAGUUCGUGCGUAACGACGCACGUCUGCGGAUACUCGAAUUGUCCUAUUUUCGGUCACAUUUAGCUUCCGUUGUCGUGUUGAUAAUUAUUUAAGAGCAAGUUCAAGAUGGCAGGCGAAAUGUUGCAGCUUGCUAAGUCCAAGAUUGGACAAGCAAUAUCUCAGGGCAGCAUCAAGGACUUGAAGAUGUGUUUGGAGCAAGGCCAAGAUCCACUAUUCAAAGACAGGAAAGACAACACGUACCUGCACUAUGUGUGCACCAUGCACCGACCGCACAUCAUCCACAUCCUCUUCACAACACCUAUCAACAUCAACGCACAAAAUAGGCACGGCAACACGCCCCUACACGUGACGGCGCUGCAGGAGGAGUGCUGCCAUGUCGCUGACCUGAUGGCAGCUGGCGCUGACCCCACUGUGAGGAACAAGGAUGGAAAGACGGCCUCCGAGCUUAAAACUAAAAACAAAUUCUGGCAGUCAAUAUACAACAAGUACCAGCCGGGGAUCUUCCAGGCGGUGUCUGACCAUGAUGUGGAGCGCGUAUUGGAGCUGCUGCACUGCUGGAGCAUGGUGGACUCUGUCAGGAAUGGCCAGACACUACGCCAGUUUGCUGCUGCCCUCAAGUUCCAUGACAUCGUCUUCCUGCUGGAUGAUCACAAACCAACCUUGGAUGCAGUUUAUGGAGUGCUGGAGGUCAACAAGGUCAAGGUGAAGGCCGCACUGAAGAAAUCGAAAUGCAAUAUCAAUUUCCUGAAUCAUGCUUCUACUAGGCGACAUAUCCUGCAGUACGCCAUCCGUCUCCAUGAAGUCGACCUUGUGACCCUCAUCUGUAAUGCGGGCGCUGAUGUCAACUUACCUGUUCUUGUCAACAGCUAUUACUGGGGUCCCCUGUACUUUGAGGGCAUCAACAGCAAGCUGCCUGCAGAGAUUAUAUGGAAGGUGCUGAAGAGCAAGCCCGACUUCAGCCUGAAGGAUGAGCGAGGACGGAACUGUAUGAUGUUCAGUCUGGACAAGACCAAUGGAGCCAUGCCACUUGACGUCAUCACGUACAUGCUGAAGCAGGGAGCCUACAUAGCGGACAGGGAUGAGACAGGGUCAAAUAUUCGAGAUGUGGCUCGGUUUGCACGUCGCCGCGAUGUGGUCAACCUGCUUGACAAGUUCUAUGUGAAGAUCCUGAGAGGGUCUGACCUGGAGACAUUGAGGAAACUCUCUGUGGACGGAUAUGACAGUCUUCUGAUUCAGCACAAUUAUCGUGACACCUACAUCUAUGCCUGUGGGAAUGAAACGGAUGAUGUACUCAAGUUUACAAACUGGCUUCCAGAAUUCCAGAAAAAUGUCAUCUUAAUUCAUAAACAAAUCCGAAAUUCCAACAAGAGUGUUGUUGAGAAGUUGUUGUCAGAUCCAGAGAAGUGCCCGGACAUGCUGGUCAACGCCAGGGAUAAGGGAGGUCGGUCAUCUCUGCACCUGGCUGUGUUGUUCGAGAACUUCGAUAUUGCCAAAUAUUUAAUGUCAAUACCGGCAGUGGACAUAAAUGUAAAAGAUUGCCAUCUACGCAGCGUGUAUCACUACGCAUGUUCCGUUCCUGGAGCUGAGGAGAUCCGCCUGGCUCUCAUACAGGGGGGCGUCGACACACAGGCGCUCGAUACGAGCUGGAAGACGGGGGAGGACUACCGACGCGUGACGGGGAAGGUCCCGGCAUGGGUGGCAACAUGCAAGACGGCCAAGUUCAGCAUGGCGCUGGAGCUAAAGUGUGUGGACAAGUACGAGGAGCUGCGGCGGAUCGUGAAGAACAAGAGGAAAGGUCUGAGUGAGUUCCUGGAUGCCAUCAAGUACUUCAAGGCACACCCUGUGGUCGACUUCCCCAAACUACUGGUUCCCCUCAUGCCGGACUACCGGGAUCUCAUCUUCUUGGCACUGGACUACAACAAACCAGACAUCGCAGAGAGACUGGCCGACCUCGGGGCUGACCUCACACAGACAGAAGUGUAUGUGAUUGACUUUGAGCCUGAGACAGAGACUGAGGAUGAUGAAUCUGAUGUGGGUUCAAACGGACGACCGCCAGUCAGUGCCGAGAUCGAGAUGUCUCCUGCUGACAGAGCCCGAUACUUGGGACUGCCCAGUUUAGCUGACUGCAUGGACAGAAAGAGGGCGUGGCAACUCCGGGAGAAGGAAGACAGCCACCCGACAGUCAUGGAACAGCUCAACCAUCAGUUUCCAUCCAUCUUUGUUACUCAGAUCUUCUCUCCAUCUUUGUAACUCUUGACAUGUGAUCUUAACAUUGACCAAUUUCAGGCAACUAGGCGUUGUCAUCUUCCAACUUCAGGCAACUAGGCGUUGUCAUCUUCCAACUUCAGGCAACUAGACGUUGUCAUCUUCCAACUUCAGGCAACUAGGCGUUGUCAUCUUCCAACUUCAGGCAACUAGGAGUUGUCAUCUUCCAACUUCAGGCAACUAGGCGUUGUCAUCUUCCAACUUCAGGCAACUAGGCAUUGUCAUCUUCCAACUACAGGCAACUAGGCGUUGUCAUCUUCCAACUACAGGCAACUAGGCGUUGUCAUCUUCCAACUACAGGCAACUAGGCGUUGUCAUCUUCCAACUACAAGCAAUAGUUAUAAAUGUGAUAACCUUAAGUUUGUUGUAUAUUGAAACAACUUGUGAUGUCUGUGAUAUUAUGUAUAUGAAAGUGAAGGAUCAAAUAUUAAACUUCAACUCUGUUUCUGUGAUAUUCCGUGGUAUGGCUAUCAUCCAGGAUGAUUCAAGGUCCAUGAGCGACUGCACAUCCCCUGUCUAGUUGAAACAUCCACCAUCUUUGGGUUUAUUGAUUUUAUAUUUAUCAUAAAAGUUGUUUAUCAAUAUAGACUGGAGAUAUAACACUGGAUAGUCGAGGAUGAACGCAGGCUUUAAAAGUUGUACUUGUCAACCACUGUGAUAAUUUUGAAGGGUUAUUUUAAACAAUAUCUUGUGACAAUACAUGAUCUCUAGUUCAAGAAUGACUACAAAAAGACACGGAGGACAUGUGCUUACCAUAGGCAGCAUGUAAGGGCUUGUCCAUAUUGUAUGACAUUGUAUGACAUUGUAUGACAUUGUAUGACCUUGUAUGACAUUGUAUAUGACAGUGCUGUGCCCAUGCAGCUGACCAGUGUUGCGUGUGUGUGUAUGUCAUGUCUGUGCUGGCAUAGUGUGUUAUCUUACAUCUAAUGUUGGACUACUGUGUGUUUUAAUAAUUGUAAUUUUCAAUUUCAUAUAGAUUCUUUCUCAGAAAGAAAUUUGCAAAUGAAACAUGACAAAACACGACGAUAUAUAUGUUCAUUUAUAUUAUCACGUGAUAACUGUUUGAUGGUUUGAAUAAGUUUCUCCAAGUCUGUCAUUUUCUACUUUUAGUUCAAUCAUUGAUUGACUUGUUCAGAAAUCAAUUACUGCAUUUUGUUGUCAAGAGAGUAGUGUUCUGACCUUCAUCGCAGCAUCGACCCUUACUCAGUGAUAAGAAUUAUAAAUGCAAUGAGAAAAUAAUAAAGUGCCUGUUUUGAUUCUUA